UCAAAUCGGGAUGUUUGUUCUCAUCUGGGCGACUUUGCUUUUCUCUGUAAGAGGCAGCAAUGCAGACACAGGAGCAUCAGUGGAGAAAAGAACACACUGUCAAAGUGAUUUCUGUAUCACUCUUAAUGAAGGAGAAACAACAGCAGAGGCUGGACUCUGUGUUGUGAUACCGUGUUCUUUCACCACUAGUUAUGGCUUCACACCCCAAAAUAUAAUUUGGUACAAAUGUGAACAAUCUAAACCAAGAUGUGUUGAUUCAGACGUAAUAUUCCAAACUAACAACAACAGACAAGUUCAGUCUGGGUCUGAAGGACGAGUGUCACUAUUGGAGCCUGACGUGAGUCAGAAGAACUGCAGCAUCAUCAUCAGUGACCUCACUGAGUCAGACUCUGGAUCAUAUCAGCUCAGAGUUACUGGUGUCACCUGGUAUGAGAGGGCAGAGGGAUUUACAUUCUCUCCAAGAGCAACUGUCUCUGUUACAGAUCUGAUCCAGAAGCCCACAGUUAUGGUUCCUCCACUAACAGAGGGACAGCAGACCACACUGACAUGCACUGCUCCUGGUCUCUGCUCUGGAUCUGAUCCUGAAAUCACCUGGCUGUGGAGAGGACCAGGACAGAACGACUCUCACAUCACAGGAAACAUCACUGCUUUCAAGACUGAGAAUCUGACUGCUGUCACACAAAGACACAGCUCAACUUUGAUGUUUAACUCUUCAGCUGAACACCACGGCACCAAUGUCACCUGCAGGGUCAGGUUCACAAAUAACAUCACUACAGAGGAGACAGUGACUCUGAAUGUGACCUAUGUAAAGGAAGUUAAAAUCACUGGGAAAACACGUGUGAAGGAGGGUGAGACUCUGAAUCUGACCUGCAGUGUUGAAAGUUUCCCUCCAUCUCUAAUCACAUGGACUAUAUAUUCUGACAAAUACAAGCAAAAUGGAACAGAAACUACUCAGCAGAACGACACUGAAACCUACCUGCAGGAAGAAAGUGGAAUAGGAACUUUUUCCAUCGCUAACAUGACAGCAGAAGAUUCAGGACAGUACACCUGCACAGCCAAACAUCUGAACAACACCCUGAUCCAAAACGUUGAUGUAACAGUGAUGUAUAUGAAAAAGCCUGUAAUCACUGGGAAUACGAUUGUUAAGGAGGGAGAUGCUCUGAAUCUGACCUGCAGUGUUGAAAGUUUCCCUCUAUCUCAUAUCACGUGGACUGUUCUUGGUUCCAACACACACCUGCGUAAUGGACCUGAGACUGGCCUGCAGAACGACACUGGAUCAGCCACACUUGUCAUUCACAAUGUGACUGUAGAACAUUCUGGACAGUACAUCUGUACAGCAAAACACCUGGACACGACUCUGACUGUAAAUGCUGAUAUAACUGUGACUUUGUUUCCAAAGAUCCUGAACAGCUCUGGAUGCAGAAAUCAGUCAGAGGUUCUGACCUGUAUGUGUAUCAGUGAGGGGUUUCCUUUACCCACCAUUAAAUGGCCGCUGUUGAAGGACCACACUGAAUACUCUGUUAUUACCACUGUGUCCAAACACACAGUCAACAGCACCAUCACCCUAAAAUCAAAUGACCACAACAGCACUGUUGUUCAGUGUGUCAGCAGCAAUGAGGCAAGCAGGGAGGCAAAAGAGAACUUCACCAUCCGAAUAAACGCAUCCGAACAAGAGG